AUGGAACAAGAAGAUGAGAUUCAAAAAAAUAAGAAAGGAAACAAAUACGCAUGCGUGCAAUGUAGAAAAGCAAAAAAACGUUGCAAGGAUUGGAAAUUAGAUCUAGAUCUAGUCGACAGUGAAGCUGAACCGAAAAUAAUUCCCUGUAACAGAUGUUCAGAACAAGAAUUAAAAUGCGAUGUUACUCCUUAUUGCAUUGCCUGUAACAAAAAACUUACCGGCAUUAUUGGUUUUUGUUCAAAAGAAGAAUGUCAAAGGGUUCAAAUAUCAGAAAAAGAGUUGAGAGAAAAAUGUCAAAGGGUCCAAAUAUUAGAAAAAGAGUUGAGAGAAGAAUGUCAAACGGUUCAAAUAUUAGAAAAAGAGUUGAGAAAAUACCAAAUUUUAUUUAAAGAAAUGUCAAUGACGAUGUCAGCAUUGAAGCAAGAAAAUGAGGAAAAAUCAAUGACAAUGUCAGCAUUGGAGAAAGAAAAUGAGAAAAUAUCAAAGACAAAUUUAGCAUUGGAGCAAGAAAAUGAAAGUUCAAAAAGUAAAUUUCAUACUUUGAAAUAUGCUAUUUUGACGGGAGAUCAAGAAAUGGUUAAUGCUAUGAUAACUUAUGAACCAUUUAAAUAUCACGAGUAUCCCGAGUUCGAUGAAUUUGUAGAUAUGGAAACAGAUCCUUGA